AAAAGCAUAGAGCAGCCAUAUCAAUUGUGCAGUAGUGUAUGCAUCAAGUAAAACUUUUCUGCCUGUCACCGUCAACAUGGACCCUGUCCGAGAGAAAGCCCUCCAAGACUAUCGUAAAAAAUUGUUAGAACAUGCCGAAGUUGAAGGAAGAUUGAAAGAAAUGCGAGAACUGUUGAAGGAUCUCACAAAGCAGUAUGAUAAAUCUGAAAAUGAUUUGAAAGCCCUUCAAAGUGUUGGCCAGAUUGUUGGAGAAGUCUUGAAGCAGCUGACAGAGGAAAAGUUUAUUGUUAAAGCUACCAAUGGUCCUCGCUAUGUUGUUGGAUGCAGACGUCAAUUGGACAAGGCUAGACUUAAGUCAGGCACCAGGGUAGCUCUGGACAUGACAACAUUAACUAUUAUGAGAUAUCUUCCUCGUGAAGUUGAUCCAUUAGUGUACAACAUGUCUCAUGAAGAUCCUGGAGAUGUUACUUACUCAGAAAUUGGUGGUCUGAGUGAGCAGAUCCGUGAAUUGAGAGAAGUGAUUGAGUUACCUCUCUUGAAUCCUGAAUUGUUUCAACGUGUUGGCAUUACCCCACCCAAGGGAUGCUUGUUGUAUGGACCACCUGGCACUGGAAAAACUCUUCUGGCAAGAGCUGUUGCCAGCCAAUUGGAUGCAAACUUUUUGAAAGUUGUUUCCAGCGCCAUUGUGGACAAAUAUAUCGGUGAAAGUGCCCGGCUUAUUCGAGAGAUGUUCAACUACGCAAGAGAUCAUCAACCUUGCAUUAUUUUCAUGGACGAAAUCGAUGCUAUUGGUGGACGCCGUUUCAGUGAGGGCACAUCGGCUGACAGAGAAAUUCAACGGACACUUAUGGAACUCUUAAAUCAAAUGGACGGAUUUGAUUCUCUUGGACAGGUGAAAAUGAUCAUGGCAACAAACCGACCAGAUACGCUUGAUCCUGCUCUGUUACGUCCAGGGCGCCUUGAUCGAAAGAUUGAAAUCCCCUUGCCAAAUGAGCAAGCACGCCUAGAGAUUUUGAAAAUUCAUGCUGGGCCAAUCGCGAAGCAUGGUGACAUUGAUUAUGAAGCAGUCGUAAAACUAUCAGACAGCUUUAAUGGAGCCGAUUUGCGAAAUGUAUGUACUGAAGCUGGACUGUUUGCCAUUCGCGCAGAGAGGGAUUAUGUCAUUGAAGAGGAUUUCAUGAAAGCCGUUCGUAAGGUGGCAGACAAUAAGAAGCUUGAGUCAAAACUUGACUAUAAGCCAGUUUAAGAUUUUGUUAAAGUGUCGUGGAAUUGAAAACGAUAAAUAAAUCUCAAGAUUCGAUGAGAAA